AUGAAUAGAAACACUAUCUUUCUUAUAACUUUCAUAAUUAACUAUGUGAUAGGACAAACAAACUCAACAAGUGAAUAUUCUAAUGAAAUAGAGAUAAAUAAUGAUAAGUCAGAAAAAAAGACAAUUGCAAUAAUAGUCUCUUCUCUUUUUGUCUCAUUUCUUAUAGUUUGUGCUGUUAUUCUUAUAGUGGCUGUAGUUGUUCGGAAGUAUCUAAAUCUUAAGUCUCAAAAACAAAACAAUGAAGAAGAAAUACCUAAAUCUCUUUCAACUUCUUCAAGUCCAGAAAACAAAGACAAAGAAUCAAUACCAAAUAAAUCUAUGACUGAAGUCUCAAUAGAACUUGAAAACCAACAUAAAAGCACAAAUUCUUCAUUCUCUAAUACUUCUUCAGUAUCUUCUCAGACACAUUCCAGUGGUAGUUCUAAUGAAGAAAACAAAAAAGAAUUACAAAAUUGA